AUGAGACAUUGGAGGGCUGCCCUUGACCAGAUCUACGACUACAAUGCAAAUCGGGCACCGCCAGCAUACAGCCCACGCUCAGAUACCGAAAAGGCGUUACACGAAGCCCUAAAACAGCUUGAAUUGCAAUGCAAAGAGCGGAUCGAUCUUCUCGAAGCUCUUCGAGUAUCACGACAAGAAGAAGCAACCCCGCCGCCGCCGCCACUUGGAAGAUUAACCAAACGACCGGGUCUACCUGAAGGGCGAGGGUCUCUUGGACAAGGCACAAUCACUGCCAUGCAAUAUUCUGAGCUAUCUCGUCCAGCUCUCCCACAUCGUCCAUCACAGCCCCGCCGUACGUCAUCCGAACUGGCUAUUGUGGAUGGGCCUAGUACACAUCUUGAUCCAACUCCAAACUUGCCAUCAAUGCCUCGAUCGGCUUCGCCAGGGGGGCCUGCUCUACCGCCCAGACCGAGCAAGACGCUACGAACGCCGAGCCCAGAAAAACACACGAUGAGAACAACACUGCGCUCCGGCAAACCGGGUGAUAAAGCUAUAAAGUCGCGCAAGACACAUAAACCUCUGGCGGAAGGGUCUAGCAAAGCUGCAACCUUAGCAUGGAGCGCCCUUAGCUCAAGAGACAAGUUUGCAAGAGGUACUCAGUCAGAAUCGACUCCAGCGACAGCAAGCCCUAGUUCUCGUGUCUCCCUUGAACAAACCCGCAGACCAACCCCAACUCAAUGGGAUAGUCAUUCCAGACGACUAGUCGUUCCUAGGGACCGUGACUUUGAUGGAAAUUCAGCAUCCACCGCGCGUCACUCCGACGAAUAUUGUUAUACUCGUCCAUCGAUGCUGUCAGUAACCGCUGCUUCAAGCGCCCUUAACUCGUCCUCUUAUCAGGAUUUACCUUCUUCGGACGUGUAUACUAGCCGGUCAGAACGGCUGGCAAAUGCACGCAAUGGAGUCCCUUCACCCUCGAUUCGCAAAACGUCAAGACAAGAGUUGGCUAACGACACUGAAACUGCUGACGAUUCCGGAGAGACGUCUGAGAGGAGAAAUCCGCCUAAUAAUCUACCAACUAGAAGUCCCGCGGCAAAGCAGCCAGAGAGAUCCUCAAAACCAUCAAUGUCAUAUACCGAGAACAGAGAUCGAUCACGACGACGCGAACGCAGGGCUCGACACGUUUCUGUCUCAAGUACAUCUGGUGAUGACACCAACCAACCAAAUUCUAGAACACGGAGAGUGAAGGCAAAGGAAGACCUCGUAGAAGCUGAUUCGCAGGAGGACGAUAUAGAGGCUUCCGAAUCAGACAGAAGUCAUAAUGACAUGACUGAAUGGAAAGAUAAGAAAAAGCAGAUCUUGAAAAAUCUACCCAUAGGUGUCGAUCCGGCAGCCGCCAAGCAGAUCUUGAACGAUAUUGUCGUUCAAGGCGAUGAAGUUCAUUGGAACGAUGUUGCUGGGCUUGAAAUAGCCAAGAACGCGCUUCGUGAAACCGUUGUGUAUCCAUUCCUACGGCCAGACCUUUUCAUGGGUCUUCGAGAACCGGCUAGGGGUAUGUUGCUGUUUGGACCGCCGGGAACGGGCAAGACCAUGCUUGCGAGGGCGGUGGCAACGGAAUCCAAAUCAACGUUCUUCUCGAUCUCUGCGAGUAGCCUCACAAGCAAAUACUUGGGAGAAUCGGAAAAGCUUGUGCGAGCUCUCUUUGGACUGGCCCGAACGCUAGCACCCAGUAUUAUAUUUGUUGACGAGAUCGAUUCCUUACUGUCGCAGCGAUCGGGAUCUGGAGAACACGAAGCCACCAUGAGAAUUAAGACGGAGUUCCUUAUUCAGUGGAGUGAUCUCCAACGAGCUGCUGCCGGGAGAGAAACAACCGAGAAGGACAAGGAACGAGGGGAUGCUAACCGAGUCCUCGUACUGGCAGCGACGAACCUUCCAUGGGCGAUUGACGAGGCGGCUCGAAGACGUUUUGUUCGACGACAAUACAUCCCAUUACCUGAACCAACUACUCGAGAGACACAGCUUCGGACCUUGCUGGGCCAACAGAAACAUGAUUUAUCCAAUGAAGACAUCCUCAGACUGGUACAAUUGACAGAUGGAUUCUCAGGCUCAGAUAUUACGGCACUAGCAAAGGACGCAGCUAUGGGACCGUUGCGGUCCCUCGGAGAGGCUUUGUUACGCAUGACAAUGGAGGAAAUUCGGGCAAUUCAACUACUGGACUUCGAGGCAAGUUUAACCAAUAUACGACCCAGUGUUAGCAAAACUGGAUUGAAGGAGUACGAGGAUUGGGCACAAGAGUUUGGAGAACGUGGUGGGUAG